UGGAGCGUCGGUCUCGCGCCGGAUGCGCCUGCGUAGAAGCGAGGCGCGCCGGGCGGCUGGAGCGGUUUCCUCGCAGGCGGCGCCAUUUUGUGCUAGAAGCCGAGAAAAAACCGGCCCGGUUCUGUGUGAAGGGGGCGACGGAACCAGGGUCCCUGGAAUGGCGGAGACUCUGUCGGGUUUAGGAGAUUCGGGUGCGGCGAGCGCAGCUGCUCUGAGUUCCGCCUCGUCGGAAACCGGGACGCGGCGCCUCAGCGACCUGCGGGUGAUCGACCUGCGGGCGGAACUGAGGAAACGGAAUCUGGAUUCCAGUGGUAACAAGAGCGUUUUGAUGGAGCGGCUGAAAAAGGCAAUUGAAGAUGAAGGUGGUAACCCUGAUGAAAUUGAAGUUACGUCUGAAGGAAACAAGAAAACAUCCAAGAGAUCCAGUAAAGGGCGGAAACCCGAAGAAGAGGGUGUGGAGGAUAACGGGCUGGAGGAGAAUUCUGGGGAUGGACAGGAGGAUGUUGAGACCAGUUUGGAGAACUUGCAGGACAUCGACAUGAUGGAUAUCAGUGUGUUGGAUGAAGCAGAAAUUGAUAAUGGAAGCGUUGCUGACUGUGUGGAGGAGGAGGAUGCUGACAACCUUCCAGAGUCCCUGUCUGACAGUAGAGAGCUAGUUGAGGGUGAAAUGAAAGACCUCCCAGAGCAGCUUCAAGAACAUGCUGUAGAUGACAAAGAAACUAUAAACAAUUUAGAUACUUCAUCAUCUGACUUCACUAUAUUACAGGAGAUUGAAGAGCCAUCUCUGGAGCCAGAAAAUGAGAAAAUACUCGACAUUUUGGGGGAAACUUGUAAAUCUGAGCCAGUAAAAGAAGAAGGUUCCGAGCUGGAGCAGCCAUUUGCACAGGAUACAAGUAGCGUGGGGCCAGACAGGAAGCUGGCGGAGGAAGAGGACCUUUUUGGCAGCGCCCACCCGGAAGAGGAAGAGGAGGAAGAGCAGGAGGAAGAGGAAGAAGAGGAGGAGGAGGAGGGAGAUUUAGAUUUGGCCAGCGAGUCAACGCGCGCUCAGUGGAGCGAGGCAGACACCCUGUUAGCGGUAGUGAAAAGGGAGCCCGUGGAGCAGACAGGCGAAGGCGCGAGGACGGACUGUGAGCCUGUAGGGCUAGAGAAGCCAGUUGAGCAGAGUAGCGCGGCCUCCGAGCUGCCGGAGGCCUCUAGCCAGGAGCUGGCAGAAGCGCCCACGGAAGCCCCGAGCCCGGAGCCCCGAGAUAGCAAGGAAGACGUGAAGAAGUUUGAGUUUGACGCUUGUAAUGAAGUCCCUCCGGCUCCUAAAGAGUCCUCAACCAGUGAGGGCGCUGAUCAGAAAAUGAGUUCUGUCGAAGAUGACUCGGACUCUAAAAGGCUUUCCCGAGAGGAGAAGGGUCGUAGCAGUUGUAGUAGAAAUUUCUGGGUUAGUGGACUUUCUUCUACGACCAGAGCUACAGAUUUGAAGACUCUUUUCAGCAAGUAUGGGAAGGUGGUGGGCGCCAAGGUUGUGACAAAUGCCCGGAGUCCUGGAGCUCGCUGUUACGGCUUUGUCACCAUGUCCACAGCCGAAGAAGCAACGAAAUGCAUCAACCACCUGCACAAGACGGAGCUGCAUGGAAAGAUGAUCUCUGUGGAAAAAGCGAAAAAUGAACCAGCCAGCAAGAAAACCUCUGAAAAGAGGGACAGCGAGGGCAAGAAGGAGAAGUCAAGCACUAGUGACAGAUCCGCGAACCUCAAGAGGGACGAUAAAUCUGACAGAAAAGACGACAGCAAAAAGGGUGAAGAUGCAAGUGGAGAAAAGAGUAAAGACCCGGAUGAGAAGCUGGGCUCCUCGGAGCGAUCUCGAGCCACAAAGUCAGGAAGUCGAGGCACUGAGCGGAUUGUGGUGAUGGACAAAUCGAAGGGUGUGCCUGUUAUCAGUGUGAAGACAUCUGGAUCCAAAGAGAGAGCCUCCAAAAGCCAGGAUCGCAAAUCAGCCAGCAGAGAGAAGCGGUCCGUUGUAUCCUUUGAUAAGGUCAAAGAGCCUCGGAAGUCAAGAGACUCGGAGUCCCGUAGGGAGCGGGAGCGCAGUGAGCGGGAGCAGCGCCUGCAGGCACAGUGGGAGCGUGAGGAGCGGGAACGGCUGGAGAUUGCCCGCGAGCGGCUGGCCUUCCACCGGCACCGGCUGGAGCGCGAGCGCAUGGAGCGGGAGCGGCUGGAGCGCGAGCGCAUGCACGUGGAGCAGGAGCGCAGGCGUGAGCAGGAGCGCAUCCACCGCGAGCGCGAAGAGCUGCGGCGCCAGCAGGAGCUGCGCUAUGAGCAGGAGCGGCGGCCGGCUGUGCGGCGGCCCUACGACCUGGACAGCCGGAGGGACGAUGCCUACUGGCCAGAGGCCAAGCGGGCCGCUCUGGACGAGCGCUACCACUCGGACUUCAGCCGCCAGGACCGCUUCCAUGACUUUGACCACAGGGACCGGGGCCGCUACCCCAACCACUCUGUGGACAGGAGAGAAGGUUCAAGGUCAAUGAUGGGAGAACGAGAAGGGCAGCAUUACCCCGAGCGCCAUGGAGGACCAGAGCGCCACAGCCGGGACUCACGCGACAGCUGGGGCUAUGGCUCGGACAAGAGGAUGAGCGAAGGUCGGGGGCUGCCCCCUCCCCCCAGGGACAGGCGAGACUGGGGGGAACAUGGCCGAAGACUAGAGGACGACCGGGCAUGGCAGGGCGCUGCCGACGGGGGCAUGAUAGACCGGGACCACAAGAGGUGGCAGGGUGGAGAGAGGAGUAUGUCCGGCCACUCGGGGCCUGGCCACAUGAUGAACCGGGGCGGCAUGUCAGGGCGCGGCAGCUUUGCUCCGGGUGGGGCGUCCCGGGGCCACGUGAUCCCCCGUGGAGGGAUGCAGGGCGGCUUCCGGGGACAGAGCCGGGGGAGCAGACCCAGCGACACCCGCUUCACUCGCCGCUACUGAGUUCUUCGAAUCCUGUGUCCUGUCCUGUGACCACAGUAUGUUCUGUUAGGAGUUCUCUAAACCGUGUACAAAUAAUUUUUUUUAUCUGCUGCCAUAUUGUAGCUCAAUACAAUGUGAAUGUUUGUUUUUGUUUUUUUGUAAUAAAGGUGUUUCCGUUCACAUA